AUGGCCUCUACAAUCAGCCUCUUGCCCGAGAAACACUUAUUGUGCUCUCUGUGUAGAGACAUCUUCACCAGCCCGGUGACCAUACCAUGUGGACACAGUUUCUGCUUAUCCUGUCUCAGCCACUACUGGACACGACACCAGUCCACAUACUGCCCCCACUGUAGGAGACUGUUUCCCGACAGGCCUGACCUCAGCGUCAACCGCAUUCUGGCAGAAGUGUCACACAACUACAGGACAGCUCGACCACAGAAACCACCCGAUGAGGAAAUGGUUAUAGAUGUUGAGCAAAUGAUUCAGGAAAGGCUUCAGAAGAUAGAUAGGUUGAAAUAUUCUCUAGAGCUCCAAAAGAACUCGUACCUCAGAGAAGUGCGAGAAAGCCAGAAGGUCUUCUCUGCCCUUGUACAUGCUAUGGAAAAAAAUCACAAAGAGGUGGUUGAUGCAAUUGAGGAAAGACAGAGAGAGGAGGAUAAAAAAGUAGAAACACUGGUGAAAGAGAUCGAACAAGAGAUCCAGGAGCUGAGAAAGGAGACCACUGAACCGGAACCUCAGAUUCCUGUAAAGAGUGAUCAAAGUGACGAUACAAAGCAAGUUACUGUGAACAUUGUUCCCACAAUAUGCCCCUCUGAGAUGAAAGAUUGGUCCAAGGUUACCAUAGAAACUGAUCCUUGUGUUGGGGUCACCAGACGAGCACUGGCAGACAUAAUGGAAAAAAUAAAGGUAGAAGUCAACAGGCUCUCCAAAUCUGAACUUAAGCGAAUAGAGAAAUACACAGUGGAUGUCAAUCUGAGCGCAAAGACAGCCCACCCCUUCCUCUCUGUCUCAGAUGACAGAAAACAGGUGAGACACACGGACAAGCUUCAGGAGUUACCAGAUAACCCCAAGCGGUUUGACCGCGUGGCGAACGUGCUGGCCAAAGAAAGCUUCAGCAGUGGGAGAAGCUACUGGGAGGUGGAGGUUGGGGAGAAGAUCGAGUGGAAUCUUGGUGUCGUCAGACAGUCCAUAAACAGGAAGAGCAAGUUCACUGUCUGCCCUGCAAAUGGUUUCUGGACUUUAAGCUUGAAGGCUGGAGGCCAAUUUAUUGCCAACACAUCUCCUGUCACGCCAUUGGCACUUGAGCAGAAACCCUGGAAAGUGGGCGUGUUUCUGGACUACACAGAAGGCCGUGUGUCCUUCUACUGCGCAGAAUCUGGAGUCCACAUUCACACCUUUACAGAUACAUUUACUGACAGGCUUCAUCCAUUCUUCAGUCCUGGUCGCCUGCAUGGUGGCAAAAAUAGUGCUCCCCUUAUCAUCUCUUCUAGUUUCUGCAGCAUUUAAACAUCAUACUUAAUAUUUUGUAUUGGUGAUUAUCUUUUCAGUGUCAAUUCAGUAUGUGAAAUAUAUUUAUUUAAUUACAAAUCCGUAUGAAAAACAACAAUGAACCACAUUUUCCAUGUCAGAACAGUGAGAGGUUGCAUAAGGACUGACUCCCGACACUCCAAAACUUCAAUGAAACCCAUAAACAGAUUGAAAAGAAAGAGGAGGGUAGAAGAAGAAAAAAAGACUCAUAAAUGAACAAGUGAGUCAAAGUCAAAAGAGAAAAGAAAAUGAGGGCCCGAGUUGGAUAGCUGUGAGGGGCUACUGGGUUGGGACAGAGGUUGACGAGGAAACAGCAGGGCAUUGUGCUCGUACACCAGGCACUGGGAGACACACACACACACAUUCACUCAUUCACACAGUGACACGGCCGUGCACACAAACGCAUGCUUCAGCCCACUGCCACACAGACUUGUGCUGGCAUCUCGGAGGGCAGCCCCAUCUCCAGUCCAGGCCUGGGUGUCGAAACUGAUCGAGCCUCUCUACUUUCUUCACCUGACCUCCGAGAUAGAGCCUCUCCAGCGCUACAGCCUUCCUGUGGGCUGAACUGAAUUCUCAGGGUUGUCAUUCACAACUCCAGGCAUCCCAACUGAUCUACACU